AUGCUGUCGGUGUAUUGUAUUCGAUUGCCCAAGGAGGCAAAUACGGACGAUCGAGUCACAAUCCUUGUCGUCGCCGAUUACGUGACACGAAUUUAUAUGAAUCAGGAAUUAAAAGGUGUCGAUGUUAUCCGAAUACGACGUCUAGAUAAAGGGACUAAAUUCGCCGAGGCGUUCAGUUAUGUUAUACGAGUUAUUCAACAGUUGCAGCAAGAUCUCAGUUACAAGAAGUUUCAAAAUGUGAUUAUUCUUAUGAGUGACAGAGAAGCAAAUUAUUCAGAUUCAGAAUUAAACACAUUACCUACUAUAUAUCGUGGUGCUAUAGCUAAAUUUUGGACAGUUGUUCUGGGUGCAAAAGACAGAAAUGUGUUAUCAUUAAUAAAUAAAACCAUGCAUGGUGAAUACAAAAAUAUAAAAGAAUCGUGCGAUUUGGUUGAAGCUUAUGUUGACAUUGCUCAAGAUAAUUAG